AUGAAAACUUCUUGGUUUUUUUUUCUUCAACAUUUUAUUCUUAUUAAAAUAUUUUCUGGUUCUUUAGUCGACUAUAAAGCGUGUCAAAUUAAAUACAAUUGCACAACAACAAACUUAAAUCCGGGCGAGUGUCCAUCAGGAAAGUUUCUCGACACGCGAUAUACAAACAAUUGUUGUCACGGAUGUAGAUCGGGAAUCGGUCGCGGUGAAAGUGGCUGCAGUGUAACACGAGCGAACCGAAAAUGUGCACCAGGACUUAUAUGCGAUGAAGAUUUUUAUUGCAUUCUCGAGCGAACUUCUUGUUUACAUACUAUGCAUUUUGAUGAGAAUUUAGUUGGAUGGAAGCCAAAGUGUGAAAUUGAUGGAACAUAUUCGCCAAAGCAAUGUCGUGGAGAUAAAUUGACAGGAAGAUGCUUUUGUUAUGCUGAAGCUGGCGAAAGAGUCUUCGGUUGGAAAUGGUGGCGUAAUGCUGACAGCAUGACAUGCACUUGCAGUCGCCAAAGAUACAAAGCAGAAAAGUCAGGACGACUAGACGUGACAGUGCAUUGUUUGUCAAAUGGAAACUAUGAAGAUUUACAAUGUGAUAUGGGAAUUUGUUGGUGUGCUGAUGAAUCGGAUGGGCACAUCGUGAAAGGAACUUUUGCUGUUCCAGAAGCGUUGUGGACAUAUCUGCCUUGUUAUAACGAAAGCUUUCAUGGUGAUCAAUAUUUGAGGAAAUGUGAGAGUGCCGCUUUCGCACAAAAGAUUGCGCAAAAGAAACUUAUAAAUCGAGGCGCAAUAAAUGCAGUUCCAAGACAAAUUCAAUGUAAUUACGAUGGCACAUACGGUGAAAUUAUCAUUGAAAAUCCAUUAGCUUUUUGUCAAAUGCCCGACGGUUCAAAAUUAAAUUACGCAGCACCAUCAAAAAUGAUGUCUGACAUGAAUUGCAAUUGUGCACGAGAUGAAAAAAUAUUCACAAUGUCAGGAAUUGAAUUUAAUUUGAGAUGCAGCAACAAUGGUAACUACGAACCAAAUCAGGAUCAAAAUGGAAAAAUCUUUUGUGUGGAUCGUUAUGGAUUUUCCGUUUCACCACUUUUACAACCUGACUCAGGCCUUGAUUGUGAUCAAUAUAUUUAUUACGCACAAGAAGAUUUGUUUUUUGAAGAUGAAUUUGAAUACUGAACAAAUAGGUAUAGGUCAAACCAAAAGGUGCUGAAAAUCGAUUUGAUAUUCAAUUCAUUAAUUAUGAUCAAAUCAAAUAAAAAGCUAAAUCAACUG